AAAAUAAAUAAAAAGUGAAGAAAGAGAGUGUAAAAAAGAAGUGAAAUGGACCCCACCUUCCCCUCUCAAAAAGCACAAUUCCCAAAGUCAUCACCCCUCUUUCUCUCUCUCUCUCCUAAAAACUCCGUCUUUCUCCCCGGGAAAUAUUUCUCCCCUUUCAUCCAAACAAAACCCCACGUUCUCUCUCUUCAAUUUCCUGUAUUCGGCGUUUUGGUCUUUGUUAAUCAACCCUAAAUGUUAAAGGUUUCAUUUAUUCACAGUUCAAUUGCUUGAUUUGCUUCUGAUUGGACACUACAACGACAUAAAAUCCCCACUGCUUGUUGGAGAGGCUGAUUAUGAUAGACUUGCAGAGAGACAGGAAAGAAGUGGUAUGCUAGUGGAGUAGUGGUAGAUCUCUUGCUUGACAUUCCUGUGACAGAUUGUCUUUUUAGUAGCAUAUGACUGGCUAUGGGUUCAGCCUGUUGUGUAGCUGCUAGGAAUACGACUGUUUCCAACAGAAGUGGAAAUGGAGAAUCUCAUAGGCAAGCCAGAUAUUCUCCGUCUUGGAGUUUCCGAUGGGACAAUUAUCGACGUGUGGCAGGUGAAAAUGAGAACCCUUCAUGUCAGUCUGGUGAUAGAACAAACUUAGAUGUUAGAAUAGAAUUGAAAGAUGGAAUAGGGUCAGAGAGAGGAGUGAUUUCAGACGGUGGUAGCCCUUUGGAUAAUCUUGGUACACCCAUCUCACUAAAGUCGCCCUCGUAUGAAGGGGUCAGCACAAACUACUUGUCUCCUUCAGAGACAUCUAUGACCAACAACCACUUUACAAAGAUGAACUCUAUAGAAGUGCCUGAAAUUGCUGCUGUUCCAGUUGCCCUUCAAUAUUCCAUGCCAUCAUGUUCAUCUUUCUCAACACCAGGUGAGCACUUGUGUUCACAUCGUCAGUUACUUCCUGCCAGUUCAACCCCAUCAAGACGAGCUCGACGUUCGCCUGGACAUCAACUCUUUAGGCAGAUUUCAGAUAGUAGAAUCCUGGGCUUGAAAUCCCCAAAUAGUAAUCCUGUCUCAGAAGGAAGACCAUCAUUUGUGCUCUCAACGUAUAGCAACGAUCUGGCUGGUGGGUCUUCUGAUGGAUGGUCAUUGCGCACAUUUUCUGAACUUGUUGCUUCUUCUCAAAGAGAAAGAUGGUCUUUUGACAGUGAGCGUUUUGGUUCUGGCCGUCACAAGAUAAGUGGAUCAAGCAGCAGGUUCUCUUAUUCCCCUUCCCUUGAUCUUCAAACAUGUGGAGCAUGCUUAAAGGUUUUGGCAGAGCUCUCAGUUGUUGCUGUUCUAGCAUGUGGUCAUGUAUACCAUGCUGAAUGCUUGGAAACCAUGACUACAGAAGCUGAAAAAUAUGACCCUGUUUGCCCAAUUUGCACAGUUGGGCAGAAACAAACUUCUAAAAUGUCUAAAAAAGCUUCAAAGGCAGAGGCAGAUUUGAGAAUGAAAUUUCAGAAAAUAUCAAGGAAUCGUGUUAUAGAUAGCUAUCUUGAUGGUGAAGUUGAUAGCUCUGAACGUCAAAAAAUUACAGGGAAAGGGAAGUUACCCAAGAUGGAUGCUAGCAGUAGUUCAAAGAUUGCAUUUGCAAAACCAUUCUUGAAGCGACAUUUUUCUCUUGGAUCAAAGCUCAGUAAAUCUAGUUCAGACUACCAGUCCAGUAAGAAGAAAGGGUUUUGGGCAAGAUAUCGCAAAGAUUGACUUCCAUCCAUUAUUUUAACGUAUUCCUUUUAUUGUCAUUUGAUUAAGCUAGUGUUGCCCGGAGUUAGUGUUUUGGAAAACAUAUUGUCGCAUGUUUUAGCCACCAUAAUGUAUCAUAGUAGAUUGGAGGGCAUUGAAAGAAGCUGAACUUUUGCAAGCAUCACAGGAUUUCCUGACAUCACACAUUCAGAGAAGGUGAUUGGAAUCAGAACUGAUAUGGCACUUGGAAACUGAACUUCCUAGUAUUUCUCUUUUGUAAGCUCUAUUUGUUGGAGUCUGGAUAUCCUCUGCUAACCUGUGAGGACACUAAAUGCUGCUACAGAUCAGCAACUAUAUGCCUCAGUAACAAGAUAGAUUAUUAUUGGUUGUAAUUUCUUAGUGCUGUAUACACCGCAUGUUUUUUUGGCGGUUCCCCUCUAUUAGAGCGAGGUUGAUCAUUGUUAAUGUGGCUCUCCAUGUUGAUUUGGCUGGGUUUGUAGCAUGACUGUUUGGUUACUUGACAAUAGAUUUAUCGUGCAGCCAGUUGCUAACAGCACAAUUAACUUGUCUCUGGUAGAUUUGUGAACAUUAUGCACUGUGUUGCAUUGCACCAUGUUGAACCGUGUAAUUUAUGUCUAUUUAAAGGCCUUGUAAUAGGCAGAUUUCUACAUUCAGUUUGCA